AUGCCGAUCAUCCGUUCAUCGAUUCCAGACGUCGAGAUUGACAAGAAGUCCACCUUGACAGACUAUGUACUCUCGAGGGCGUCCAAGUUCGCCAAUUCACAGGUGGUCGACGGCCCCUCCGGCAGAGCAGUGAGCUACGCCGCGCUGCUGCGCGCCAUCCGGGGCACCGCCCGGGGGCUGCAGCAGGCCGGGCUGGGGAAGGGCGAGGCCGUUGCGGUGUGGAUGCCGAACAGCAUCGAGUAUCCGGAAGCCUACGGCCUUUCAAAGAAGAAGAAGAAGAAUAAUCAUACGAGGAAGCGCCAUCGGCCUACAUUUCUCGGCGCUCCAGCAGUUUGUGUUUCUGGCGUUUUUGUUUUUCUUUAG